CCGUGCAAACAGAGGCAGAGGAAAUGGCAGGGCAGGCAGUCAACGUGCUUAUCACCGGAGCCAACAGGGGCUUGGGCCUGGAGAUGGUUAAGCAGAUGCUGGAGACCUACCGUCCAGUGAAAAAGCUGUUUGCUUGUUGCAGGGACCCAGAUGGACCCAGGGCUGAGGCCUUGCGAACACUGGCAAAGAAGCAUCCUGAUGUCAUCUCCAUCGUCCGCCUGGACGCCGCUGACCUUUGUAGUAUAAAACAGUGCGCACAGCAGGUGGGCGCUCUGGUGGGGACAGGCGGCCUCAACCUGCUGAUUAACAAUGCAGGGCUCCUGUGCAAAAGCGCCCUGCAGGAGACCAGUCCUGAGGAGAUGCAGAACAGCUUCACCACCAAUGUCGUGGGCCCUUUGAACAUCAUUCAAGAGUUCCUGCCUCACCUUCGCACUGCAGCAAAGGGCAGUAAGAUGCCAGGAAUGUCCUGCAGGAAAGCAGCAGUCGUCAGCAUCUCCUCAGUUCUGGCUUCAAUGCAAUGUGUGAAAGAUUCAUAUUCCAUUUUCUCUGCAAUCCCCUACCGUAUCAGCAAGGCAGGUCUGAACAUGCUGACAGUGUGUGCUGCAGAGGAGCUGAAGAAGGACGAGAUCCUGUUUUCUGUGCUGCACCCGGGCUGGGUUCGCACCGACAUGGGUGGAGAGGAGGCGGAAAUCGAUGCUCCAGAGAGUGUGCAGGGGAUGCUUCGUGUGAUGACUUCCCUGACUGAGAAGCAGAAUGCAGGCUUCCUGGAUUAUAAGGGCCAUACCGUCCCCUGGUAGCUCUAAACAACCACUUUCUGCUUCAUAAAAAAGCAGUCAAUCACUAAAUGAACCCAUGUGAAAUAAACCAAUACAUG